AUGAAGUUUGCUAUUAGUUAGUUUUUUUCUUUGUAUCUUUUUUGUUCAGGAAGUUCAAGGGAAAGGAUCCGUUGAUUAGAAACUGCCCAGAAUCAGUGAAGCAUAGGCCAGUUGAACUCAAAAUUCGGAUCUCUGAGGUAAUUUGAACUUUUAGGUUUAAAUAAUCACAAUGUUUUUAUUCAGUCAGAUUCAAAGAAACCACCAGAUCAGGUGAUGAAAGUCGAUGAAGAAAUGGUCGUGAAUUUUCUAUCUGUUGGCAGCUUUUACUGUGGAAUUAUACUAGGUGAGGAAAUGAGUUGAGUAAGAUUUUGAGAAAAAGUUUCCAGGUGAUCGUUUGUUGAAAGUAAACUCGGUUCCGGUGGGUGUCAAAGACAGGGCGAAGGCCAUCGCAACGAUUACUAAAGGCGAAGAGGUUCGAAAUAUUAUAACUUAUUCGUUAUAGUUAACUCUAAUCGAUUCCAGGUUAUCAUAGAAGUUUGGCGGCGAGAUUUCACGUCUCCCCCAACCUACGAACGCCUGAAAAACCUCGGGAUGCCUCUUCGAUUGAAUCAUGCGUAUUUUGUAGUUAAUAUGUUCAAGGUUCGAAAAGUUCAAAAAAGAUUGGGAAUAAAUUGUUUUUUUUUCAGCCGAAGCAAAUGGGAACAAUUUCCACGAUUGGGUUCACAAUGAAAAACGUCAAGAGGCGGUUGAUGAUCACUGAGGUUUCCUUUUUUUUUUCAUGGGUGCAUUUUUGAAGUCUGUAGUUUACUUCCAAAAGUUGAAAAAGUCCUUUUAUAAGUAAAUUUUGAGGUUCAGACACGUUCGAAAAAAAUUUUUCUAAAGCUUUUUUUUGAUAUUUUCCAAUCUUCUUCACGGAUCAAAAAAAUUUUUUUUUGCUUCUAUUCGUUUUGUUCUUCUGAAGUUUUUGAAUUUUUGUUAUUCUGAAAUUUCUAAAUGUUGAAAAAAAUUUAUAAAUUCCAAUCAAAUUAUCGAAAAAAAUAUGUGCCUGAAGUGACAAAAAGAAAUUUCGUUGAGAAACAAAAAUUAAUUUAAUUUUUUUGAGUCGAUUUGAAAAUUUAUUUUUUUAUUCAAUUAUAUUAAUGAAAGAAAGUAUCUUUUUCGAAAGGACGCAUAAUUUUUAAAGCUGCUUUUUUUGAACCUAGUUUUUCCAUCAUUUAGGAACACCAGAGUGGUCCCUAUACGGUCAAACUUAGGGAUCCUUGGAAUUCCCCCUCAAGGGACCACUUUUCCAACUCAUAAAGGGUCCACUAAAGCUUACAAAAGUGGCGCCUAUAGGGGAUAUGAUAGUGGAUAGUUUUUAUGGACUCUAAGCGAAGCAGCAUGUCUAUGUGAAAACUGAAAACAAGCGUUUUUUGAAUAAAAUUGAGAGACCCCUAAGGGUCCACUUGAGCUUUGGCGGCUAAGGGUCAAAACUUAUAGCCCUAUAAAGACCACUUUGAUUUUACCCCUAUAGGGGACACAUUUUUUUGGCCUCUAUAGGAGUUGUUUCCCUUUCUGACCCCCAUAGGGACCACUCUGGAAUUCCUGGACUCGCGGUCUUUUUUCUUUCACUGAGAAAACAAGGUUAUACGACGCGUACAACCGCUCGGCGAGCCAUUCCCAAUGCGACCAUCUUCAGAUCCUCCCAGGCUCGCUUUCCUCGUUGUUCCUCGCCCUGGGCGACGCGAUCGUCGACGUCGACGGGAAAUCCGUCCCGUUCACGACCAACGGCGAAAACGACCUCAAGUACAUGCGCAGUCUCAUCAGCCGCAUUUUACAGUUUUUGGAAACUUCUGAAGCCCUUAAUUAACAAUAUUAUUGUUAAGAACCGGCCAAGCCUCACUCUUGAUCGAAAGGCCAGUCUCAGAUGAAACAAUCAGGGAUUUCCGCCGCUGGCUCAAUAGUUUCGAACGCAAUAAUUCGGAUUUCGACGUCUCGCCGGAAGUCAUCAACAUUGGCCUCUCUGCCGCCAAUAUGCACGGUCUCAUUUUCCGAAAAGUCACUCCGAAGAGCAUUUUGAGCUCCGAUGUCAAGGGCAGGACUAACGGUGGGUUUGUAAGGGGGGGGAGCGAGUGUAGAUGUAAAAAAAGGCAAAAGUAGUUUUGAAUAUGGUCGUUCUAGGAUCAUUUCAUUUGGGAUUUUUUUAAAGGUUUAUACCGUGUUCAAAGUGAUUUUGGCGGUUUCAAAAUGACCCGUUUUUGUUCAAAAUCAUUUCAAAGAAUGCCUAAAAUUGGAAUAUCGGUAGUCGUGUCCCUAAAAGAUGAUUCGAGAUUCAAAUUUUGGAAUUAUUUGAGCAUUUUUUUCCAAAAAAUUUUGAAUAGCGCCCAAUUUUCGUCAUCUCGUUGUAGGACCCAUUUUUCAUGACGCCUUCCAAAAAACAAAAUUUUUUUGUUUUUGAAGUCCUCUAAACAAAUAAAACUUCAAUUUCGAAAUUAUUUUGAAGACGGAAUUUAAGAAAAAAUGUUUUGAAACUUUUUUGCGUUUUAGAUUUUUUUUUUUUGAUCGUUGUUAGAAAACUCGGUCUAUAGUAUUUCACGAACUAAUUUUUAUGAGGAGGUCUAUGAAAACAACUUUUUUUUAAUUCUCGGAAGCAGUUUUUUUAUGUUUCAUAGUAGUUUGGUCAUUGUUUGAAAAAUUGCUUUACCGUUAAAAUUUGACGAAAAAAAGUUAUUUUAUCACAAUCUUGACUUUUUUUAGAUUUUUGAAAAACAGAGUACGUGUGAGUUGUUAGAAACUGAUCAGACUCAUUUUUUUGAAAAUUAAACGAUUUUGUGAAGCUUCUUUUAUUUUUUUCAUCUGAUAAUAUUUUUUUCUCCCUACAGGAACCCAAGAGGAGAAGUCGAAGUUUAUCAAAAUUUCGGUGAGUUUUAUCGAAUCAGAAGUAUGAAAAAUCAAUCAUUUUUCAGGGUUCGAUGCUCGAAACGAGAAUUUCUAGCGACGUUGAAGACGAGGACGAUUUGAAAGACGUCGUCCGGAAAAGCCACGCCGCCGGAUCUUCUUAUGACGAUGAUUAG